GAAGGCGUCUGAUAAAGGAAAAGAAGUAAAAGAUUUUCUUGAUAUGGAAGCAGUAACGUAUUAACGAUUUAUUACUAUGGAUGGGAAUUUAAAAAUAUUCUAAAUAUGAAUUCGGCAUCCAAGGCAAGCAAAAGUUGAAGUUGUUCCCGCGCCAUUUUGCAACUUGCAACAAAUGUAAUAUCACUUGGAACGCAACACAAAUCCAGGUCGCUGCCUAGUAACUUUCCACUCAUCAAGGAAAUUUGGAAUUCUGUUACGAAUUUAGAGUGAACCGAAACGAAUUACCGUGAUGGUGAUGGUCAAUGAAACGGAAUUUCAUCAAGAGGAAUUCUAUUAUAUGCUUUUAAUGACAAUGAAUGUCUCGUUUUCAUUCGUGAUCAUCUUGGCAGCUUGUUUAUGUUGCAAGAAAAAUGUACACAAAAAUGAUUUGAUGGGUCUGGAAGGUAUGGUGAAAUUGAAAAAUCCUGAUGAAGUUAUGGUUGUGACAAUAGUUAAUUCUAGCGAAUCCCAUGGAGAUCUCAAUACUUCAACGGCAUCGCAAGGGGAAUCUGAAAAGAGAGCCAGUACAGCAGCUCAUCGUAGUCUACCCGAUAUACCAGUGGCUGAAUCUAACGGAGAUAAUGGUUCGGAGCUGUACGAAACCGUUGCAGAUAAAACGCUGAUUGAAUCUCAAAUUCAGAAUAAAAGCCCUAAUCCCAGUCUUAAGAAGCAAGUUAGUGUAUCUCAACACAGUUCCAUGAGUCAAGCAGACGAUGUCAGUUCUCCAUAUUCACGCGUUAAAAAUUCUCCUCAUGAUUACGCCAAGCUUCGACCUACGGAGCAUCCUUAUGCCCAACUAAACGCACCGUCAAUUUCACAAGGUCUCAGCGCGGCUUCUAACGAAGAUGUUGCAGUCAGUGAUGGUGCAAUUAUACUAAACAGUGAAACUCAUAAUCGUAACUCGCAGCAUAGCAAUAACUCACACAAUCGUAGUGAUAGUCCUCAAGUUGAGAUUCCCGCUGCUUCAGCCAUUGCUGGCAUGGUGUCGGCUAGCCAAGAUUUGCCCUACAUGACCCCUCCAAUAACAAAUCAACAUUUUAGCGGAGAUUCACAAGAUUCAUCAAAAGGUUACACUAGCAUCAGUGUUAGGGAGCCAUUAAAUAUCUUGGCUCAACAGCAAGUGCAGCCUUCGCAAAAACAAGCAAUAACACAUUCCAGAGAUGUGAACGAUUCACACUAUGCCACAGUUUCCGAUGAUUCGGAUGAAACAUAUGCAGCUAUUGAAGAUCCUAAUCUACAUCAAAAUUUUAACAUAAGUGCUGAUAUUUAUACCAGUGGCUCAGAGACAUACGCGCAGAUACAGCCCAUGCAAAUAGCGAAUUCCGUAGUGAUAUCAGUAGAAAUAAAUAAUGCAAGCACAUCCACAUUAGUGCCUAGCUCUAGUGUGACUGAACGUAACUGUCUCGAAUAUAAUUCUUAUAAUAUUUCGCACCAGAUGACUCAUGCUCAUACAAUGGGUACACUGAGAAAUAGUACAGAACAUAGCCAAGUACCGGUACCACCGCUUGUAGAUAACUUAAGAGCGCAAAUACAUUCGAGGCAAGCGUCAUCAUGUUCAAAUAACAGUUCAUCGAUGUGCAAUUUAGGUUCGCCGAAACCUGAGAAACGUCAAGCCAAUUCACCACUACCGCCCACACCAAAGACCACCAUAUCUACACAUCUGCAGACAUCGAGUGCAAGUACAAGUAAUUUAACAUCUGGACGAAAUUCCGUAAUCUCGGUGAUUGAAUGUGACACGAGUAUAAAUGAAUUUUGCGAAAUUGAAUUGAGAGAAAAACUGCAAGAUAGAGAUACACAUCAGCAUAAAAAUAAAAGUCUAAGUCCAUGCAAAGAUAUUGAAGGCAUGUAUGCUAAGGUUAUGAAAAAAAAUAAGUUAACACGGAAUUCAUCUUCGUCCAAUAAUAGCUCACCGGUAAUGGCACGUAAAUUAAGUAAAAAUUCUUCCGGGUUAAAAUUAAGUCCUUUAGAUACGAUGGCAGCUGAUUUAAUCGAAAAUAAACUUAGUACUAUUUGCGCUAGUUCUGAUAGAAGUCGUAUACGUAGCAAUAGUUACGGCACAUCCAAAGAUCAUGGCUACGAAACUAUACCCGCCGAUGCUAUACGCUUGAAUUCAUCGCAGUCUGGCAUUGAAAAUCGCCGAUCCGAUGGCUUCGCUGACACAUUACAAAGACAACGCCAAGAAGAUGCUGUUCAUAAUACCUCAUCAAUUAUUAAACCGCCUAUAGCCGUCCUUAAUUUACAACAACAGCAACAACAACAACAACAAAGCGAUAAAUACUAUGAAAAAAUAAUCUUGCCGGCUGGUCUAGCGAAGAGUUCAAACGAUCCGGGCUAUGAAACCUUGUUAAAUCAAAAUAUCCGUCCCAGUGUGAGUGAUUGUGAAAAAUAUAAAUUGUCCGAUUAUGAUCCGAACUACGAAGUUUUGAAAGGACCACACAUAUCCAACGAUUCCGGCGGAGCAUCGGACGAUGGUUAUGCCAAAGUGUUGGAAAAAAUAUCUUUCAAUGCAGAUGAAGACUCCACGGAUGGUUAUAGCAAAGUAAAAGGUGAAGAUAUGGAUGAUGGUAGAGGUAACCUCUUGGCCGGAUACAGUACAAUAGCAGACGUUAAGGGAACAGAUGCCAAUCAUAAUUAUGCUAGCAUUUUGGAAACCAAACGAGAAAUAAAUAAUUUAUUUGUUGAUAGCAGCGAUCAUUAUGCGAGAAUUGCUGAAAAAAUUGAACCGAAUUCAUCAUCAGGCCUGCUUUUGAGUUCAUCAACAAAAUCUGUAAUGGAAGGCUUAUUAACACCGUCACGUACCAUUGACUUUUCGACGACAUUGCCAACGUCGGUAGGAAGCAGCUCCCUGCUAAAUAUUAGUUCGUUACAUUCAUCUACCAGUAUAACAAGUACAAGUACAAUAAGUUCGCGGCAAACACCUACGUCUGCGUCACAAUACGAAUCGCUUACGAACAGUGAAACUGAUCCAAAUUACGAGUCCGUAUGUUAUUUGAAUAGUUCUAGCCAAGAGAAUCCUUAUGAACGUUUGCAUACAGAUUUUUCCGAUACUCAAAUGAGCAGUAGCAGUCCCCUAAGUUCAGACGCGGGCAUACAAAGUUCGAACUGCUUAAACACUACCGCAAUGAAAACUGCAACAGACUGUACCAAAUCAAUUACAGCUGACGAUUUUAAAGCGGAAGCUACGGUAAAUGACACAAAUCCCGAUGCUUUAGUUGAUGAUUAUUUUCAAGUUUAGAAUACGGGCUUCUCUUCUUUUUGUUUUUCGUUUUCGUUUUCGUUUUUGUUUUUUCU